AUGGAUGAUUAUGGGAAAAACUCCAUUGAAAACCAACAUUGUAUGGAUCCAACAAAAGAAACAACAAUAUCAACAGCAAUUUCACCACCACAAAUUCAAGCAUCAUCAUCCGUCUCGUGUAACCCACCUAGUUUUUAUCGGGAGUAUAGUAAUUCUAGCAUCCUCAAAAAUAAUACGCCAUCACAGAACGCCACUUUGACAAACAACACCACUUUUGAUGAGCGAAAAGAUCAUAGUAAACCAAAGAAACAAACUCUCCAUUCAACUGGACAAAACGGUAGCAAAAAAUCAAAGAAAUCAAUAGAUACUAAAAGAUCCACCAUUUUAUCUCAAUAUCAUCAACAACAGCAACAAUUAGUUCGAUCAAAUAACAAUACUAAUUAUCGAUAUUACCAUUGUUUUGGCAACAACAACAAAAGUGCUGAUUUUAUAUACUAUGAUGAUCCUGAUAGAUUGAUACCAACUGAUGAAAUUGCUCUUUUUAUGCGAAACAAACGCCGCUAUUGUCCGCCCAACUUUAGACCUAUUCCUCCUUCAGCUGGUGGAUGGAAUGAUGUGAUACCUGAUCGACACGUUGCCUGGGAACUGACUUGUGAAAAUCAUACAGAUUUUUCCCCUUUUUUACAUAUCAAACCUUUGGACGGUCCUAUCGAAUUACCUUGGAAACAAUCUUCUUCUUCUUGUUCAUGGUCAUUAAAUCAUCGUCAUCAACGUGGAUCGGAUGACACCUCUGCGGUAUCAAAAAAUACUUUGGGAUUAUCCAGCAACAACCACAGACAAAGCUUUCAAGUAGAUGAUUCUAAUUUACAAUCAACAACGGACACUUUACCAUCAUCAUCAUCAUCUUCGUCAUUCGAUAGUAUGAAACAACAGCCUUCUCCUCCUCAGUCUUUAGACAAUACUUCCUCAUCCUCUUUAUCAUCCGAUUCAUCUUCUAUUCAUUCUGGUCAGCAAUUUCAUUCAUUACACGUACAACAUCAAAAAAUGGCUAUCCAACAACAACAACCACAGAAACAGGAAACGGAAGAAAGAGUCAAUAUCAAAGAUAUAUCGAAUUCUUUGCGCAUAGUUACAUCAUCGUCACCAUCAAAAUCAUCAGCUAUCAAUAGAAAGGGAUUGAAACCUCUUAGUCCACUUGCCAUCAACGUUAUACAACCAUUUGAAAAUAUGACUGUCACUUCUCAUCAACAACAUCUACCUUCUCCACAAGAAAUGUUUAUUGGUAUUAACGAUAAUCAAAAUGAUCCUUCCAUCGGCCACCAUCGAAUCGAUACGCCAUCACAAAGAAAUGCAUGGAAUCAUCAAACUUUACAGCCAUUGGACCGUUCUUACUAUUCCAACGAGCAGCAACCUCAGUCAUAUUUCAAACCUCCUCCAUUGAUCACUACCUCCACAAAUGACGAUAACAUCACUGACCUACACUACAAUACAAGCCAAGAGGUGUCUCCCUUGUCAACUAGCUCACUUUUCUCUCCAUGGGCUAAACCUUCUACAAGAGAUCAUCCACCUUUUCAACGACGUACAUCCUCCUCCUCAAGAGAUGAUGAAUAUCGACCUACAUCAUCAUCAUCAUCACCACCGCCACCAUUACCAGCAUCAUCAUCAACAUCUCCGCCAUUUUCAUCAUCAUAUUAUCGAACACGGUCAAGUUCCUUAGGAUAUAUACAAACCAAACCAAGAUUACCACCUCCACCUCAAAAACAACAUUAUCACCAAGAAGCUAUGAAAUCACCUACAUUAUGGGGAUAUCAACCUUUAUUGUCUCCUACAUCACCCUCCAUUUCGUCAAAUGUAUGGCCAUUAUCACCAGGAUAUCCUUCAUCCAUUAAAUCUGUCUCUUCUGAUGAAGCUGUAGCACGAUCUAUGCGAAGCAAAAGAAGUUCCACAUCGGAUAUUACAUCAUGGCAGUCACUUCAUCAUCAUCAUGAACAACAACAACAGUAUCCUUACUCCUCCAUUAGUAAUGAUUUACUACUACAUCGCACUGGUGACAUAAACAACAGUAGUAUUGAUAUGGAUGAUCGAUCUAUCAGUAUAUUGAGAGUAUUGGACAAUGACAAUUCGGAUAGCCUUCUUUAUCCUUUUUUAAACAAGACAAUCAAGAAAAGCAACAACACUGACAACAACAAUAUUAUGACUGCUGCGACACCAACGAUUCCCAACAAAACUACCAUUCAUCAUGAUAAUGAUAAUCAUCAGCAUCAUCGUCUGUACUACAACUUUUCGGACUACGUUGUUGUAUCUGAUGCCUAA